UUGCCGCCGCCGCUGCCGCCGCCGCUGCUGCCACCGUCGCUGCGGCUGUAGUCCUGGCCCAGCCCAGCCCCGGGGUGUGCCCCGCUUGGCGAGACUGACCUUUCUCUGCCGCCUGCCGGUUCCGCCUCGCUCGCCGAGAUCCCCUCCCGGUCCCGGCCCCGUCCUAGGCAGAAGGGGUAUAAUGAGAGGACGUCCAGCGAUUCUGUCUGCGAGAAGAUGAUAAUGGGGCUGAAUGGGAGCGCCACACCCACCAGGAUGGCGGCGGGAGAGGCAAGGAUACAGGGUCCUACGUCCGGGGCUCCUGGUGCCACUGCCGGCUCCUGGUGCCACUGCCGGCUCCCUGUGUCAUGCACCAGAAGGGAUUCGAACCCGUGUUGCGAUGGUCCCAACUCAGCCCAUCGGAGCCCAGGCUGCUCACGCAGACCUCCCGGGGCCCUUUCCACUGCCCCUGCGCUGAGACGUCUGUUGGCCUGUGCGGCCCUGAUUGCCAGGAGGGAAAGGCUCCAAGAACACAGUGGAUCUUGUGCAUUCCCCCAUUUGUGCCCCCCACCAACCAUCCUGACUCUGACCUGGACCCAGCAGCACUAGGCUUCUGCUGGUGUCCCUGGAGCAUGGGGGGCUGCUGAGUUUGAGUGGCGGUGUCCGGCAGGAGCUGCGUGUCUUGCCUCGUAGCAGGAAGGGUGUCCAUGGCUGCAGCCAACAAGGGCAACAAGCCCAGGGUCCGGAGUAUCCGCUUUGCGGCAGGCCAUGAUGCAGAAGGCUCCCACAGCCACGUCCACUUUGAUGAGAAGCUGCACGAUUCGGUGGUCAUGGUCACCCAGGAGAGCGACAGCAGCUUUCUUGUCAAGGUUGGCUUCCUGAAGAUCCUCCACAGGUAUGAGAUUACCUUUACCCUGCCUCCGGUGCUCGGGCUGAGCAAGGAUGUCCGUGAGGCACCUGUCCCCAGCCUGCACCUCAAGCUCCUCAGCAUCAUGCCCAUCCCAGAAGGUUAUAGCGUCAAGUGUGAGUACUCAGCGCACAAGGAGGGCGUCCUCAAGGAGGAGAUGCUCCUAGCCUGCGAGGGCGGCACUGGUGCCUGUGUGCGCGUGACAGUGCAGGCGCGCGUCAUGGACCGGCACCACGGCACACCCCUGCUGCUGGACGGUGUCAAGUGCGUGGGCGCCGAGCUGGAAUACGACUCGGAGCACAGCGAUUGGCACGGCUUCGACUGAGGCCCUUGCACCCGCCUGCCACGAGGCCCCUCAGCCUUAAACCUCACCUCGUCUCCCCGCCCUGCUGCGUGAUGGUGUGGCUUCCUCGCCUCUGCCCAGGGCGGCGUGGGGGCAGUGUCCAGGGGCCUCCAAGCCGAGGUUUCGCCCACACCUCUCACCUUUGCCUUCAUUCGUGCCACCGCCCUGCCUCUCCCGUGGCCUGCUCUCCCACUUCUUCCUCUCCGUGUGCCUCAGUCUCCUGCUGGAAGUAGUGGAUUGAGCCCCCAAGGAGGCUAUCUGAGGAGGGGAGGGAGAAGGCCAGGGAUAGGUUCUACCUCCCCCCACCCCGAGCCAUAGGGGCUCCAGCCCCGGCUGGGGAGAGGAGGGAGCUGGCUCUGGGAUGCUGUUGCCCCAUUACCGCUGCUGCUGCCUGGCUUUAGCCGACUCUCCCACCCCUCUCUUCCCUACUGCUGUCCACGGCGAGUGGGAGGGUGGUGCAGUCCCCAAGCCCUAACCCCCAGGUCUGUAUUACUUCGUUUUUAAAUGACCGGUUGGGAUAAAACCCUAAAGAAAUAAAAUUUACAAUGGA